AAACAAGGGAGGCUGGCCUGGGCUGCUACGAACAAGUCUCCCCUUGAGUUGACACAGACUGGAGCGCAGUGAGACCUAGCGCGCUCACACAAGUGGAUUGGGCGUGAAGAAGAAUGGUAUCGACUCUCCGUUACGCGUUUGGCAACGUCUUGUGUUUCUUCAUUCUCCUUCUCAUCGGCGUUCUCGCUUUCUCCAUUCGUCUUUUCUCGGUGAUUAAAUACGAGAGUGUUAUUCAUGAGUUCGAUCCUUAUUUCAAUUACAGAGUCACUCAGUUCCUUACAAAGAAUGGAAUAUAUGACUUCUGGAACUGGUUUGAUGAUCGGACCUGGUAUCCUCUUGGUCGUGUGAUUGGUGGAACUGUUUACCCUGGAUUAACAUUAACAGCAGGAACUUUAUGGUGGAUAUUAAAUUCUUUGAAUAUUCCAUUAUCUGUUGAGACUGUUUGUGUUUUCACUGCUCCCGUAUUCUCUGCUUUUGCUGCCUGGGCAACCUACUUUCUGACAAAGGAGGUCAAGGGCACAGGUGCAGGACUUGCUGCGGCAGCUCUAUUGGCCAUGGUUCCAUCCUAUAUAUCUCGAUCUGUUGCUGGAAGCUAUGACAAUGAAGCUGUAGCUAUAUUUGCUCUUAUCUUUACUUUCUAUCUUUAUGUGAAGACCUUGAAUACGGGAUCACUUUUCUAUGCAACUUUAAAUGCAAUAGCUUACUUUUACAUGGUCUGUUCUUGGGGAGGAUACACCUUCAUUAUUAACCUGAUUCCAAUGCAUGCGCUUCUGUGCAUCGUCACCGGUCGAUAUUCUUCUCGGCUAUACAUAGCAUAUUGUCCACUUGUUGUUUUAGGAACAUUGCUAGCUGCAUUAGUUCCUGUUGUUGGUUUCAAUGCUGUCUUGACGUCAGAGCAUUUUGCUUCAUUUUUGGUUUUCAUUAUUAUUCAUGUGGUGGCGCUAGCAUAUUAUAUCAAAGGAAUCCUCUCUCCAAAGAUGUUCAAAGUUGCAGUUACUUUUGUUGUAUCAGUUGGGCUGGUUGUUUGUUGUGCUGUGGUAGCUGUCCUUGUUGCCCUGGUAGCAUCCAGUCCCACGAAAGGAUGGAGUGGACGUAGUUUAAGCUUGCUUGAUCCAACUUAUGCAAGCAAAUACAUACCGAUCAUUGCCAGUGUUAGUGAACAUCAGCCACCUACUUGGCCUUCUUACUUUAUGGACAUUAAUGUCUUAGCAUUCUUGGUUCCAGCUGGCAUUGUCGCAUGCUUUUUGCCACUCUCUGAUGCAAGCUCCUUUGUGAUCCUCUAUAUUGUGACAUCAGUGUACUUCUCAGGUGUUAUGGUGCGAUUAAUGCUUGUACUUGCUCCAGCAGCAUGUAUAAUGUCUGGCAUAGCUCUUUCUGAAGCUUUCGGUGUUUUUACACGUUCAAUUAUACUUCAGCUUCCUGGUGUAUCAGAGAGUCAACAGAUUAGUGCAGGAGAUGCCGGUUCUGAACCAUCUGCUGAUGUCAUCGAAAAUGUUCUAAAAACCGAUAAAGAUGAUGAGCCAGUAAAGGAACGGCCUUCAAGGAAGAACAAAAGGAAGGAGAAGGAGAAUAUGGAAAGACCUUCCAAGCCUUCUAUCAAGUCAAGAACUGAGAAGAGGCUUUUGGUUUUACCUCUGGAGACAUCUAUAAUUGCUCUUUUUUUACUGGUGUUGCUGGGUGCUUUCUAUGUUAUUCACUGUGUCUGGGCAGCAGCAGAAGCGUAUUCAGCCCCUUCUAUUGUGCUAACAUCUCAUACACAGGAUGGUCUUCACGUUUUUGAUGAUUUUAGGGAAGCUUAUGCAUGGCUAAGCCACAACACGGACGUGGAUGAUAAAGUUGCAUCUUGGUGGGAUUAUGGUUAUCAAACUACUGCUAUGGCUAAUCGAACUGUUAUUGUUGAUAACAACACCUGGAACAACACGCAUAUUGCGACAGUUGGGACUGCCAUGUCAUCUCCUGAAAAGGCAGCUUGGGAAAUAUUUAACUCUUUGGAUGUAAAAUAUGUUCUUGUUGUCUUUGGAGGUCUUGUUGGCUAUCCUAGUGACGAUAUAAAUAAAUUCCUGUGGAUGGUUCGUAUAGGAGGAGGUGUGUUUCCUCACAUCAAGGAACCUGACUAUCUGAGAGAUGGCCAGUAUCGAAUCGACUCCGAGGCAACUCCCACCAUGUUAAAUUGUCUCAUGUACAAAUUAUCCUAUUAUAGGUUUGUGGAGACAGAUGGUGGUAAAGCGUUUGACAGAGUAAGGCGGACUGAAAUUGGGAAGAAGUAUAUUAAACUAACUCAUUUCGAGGAGGUAUUCACAACUCAUCACUGGAUGGUACGUAUAUACAAACUGAAGCCUCCGAGAAACAGGAUUCGGUCCAAGACAAAGAAAUCUAAAUCGAAAUCUAGCUCAUCAGCAAACAGAGAUAGAAGUGUAAAAAGGAAGAAAAAUCCCUGGCAUUAACUACGAACUUCGUAUUAUUUAUGUUGGGUAUUUUACAUGUAACAGAUAUAGAUUUGUACGCACCGAGCCAGAGGGAUAGUUCAUCAGUGUUCUUGCUAGCAAAACUGAUCAUUCCAAGUUCUUAAUACUACUCCGAUGCUGUUUUCACCUGAGAUGUAACUGCUGAUACAUAUUUUAAUCAGUAAAAUUAAACAAUUUUGACCUGGUAUUGAAACACUUUUUUGUUCA